AGGUAUUUUCAAUGACGUAGGACUGCCAUAUUUUUUUCUAUAUGAGGCCUACUAGGGGGUCAACCAAAUUGUUGGGGGUUUGGAGGUGGCCAUGCAAGAUGUUUUGUGAUAAACGAAUGGUGCGCAUAAUAAACAAUUAAACUAAUAUUAUAGCGUGACGCGUCGUUUCAGCAAAUAUGUUUGAAUCAUUUGAGCAAAUAGUUCGAAUCGACAAAGAAAAAGCCUUUCACUCAAAACAUCUUUCUCACAUGCGAUAGGAAUUUUACGUCACAAAUUUGAUCGGAAUGAGAGUGUAGUGCCGCGACGAGGUUAUACUAGAAAUUGGGACAAUGGGCUUAAAUAUUUAUGUACGUUUCAUUUUAUAAUUAUUUCAUUAAAUAAGUACUGUAUAGUUCUACUAUACAAUACCGAUUUCUUCUACAAUAGUUGUCUUGGUGAUUUUGUUGAACUCGUUAAUCGCGAAUGCGGUGCCCUACCCCAUUGCACUAUUUUUGUCUGUACGUUUUAUUUACACGUAUUUCUCUUGUUGCGUGUUUUCUUCGCCAAAUAUUUUGGCUAUCUUUAUAGCAGUUACGUAAUUUCCGAUGUGAGUAAUUCCGGCACCAUGGCCGAUGAUGAAUUAAAUGAAACUCGAUUGUUUUACACAUAGUGGUGUGUGGACAUAUAUACCAUGCUAAGUUAAAGGGAAUUGAUUUUUGACAUUCUUUGCAUAAGGAUAAAAGAAGCUCAAAGCGUACUGAUCAUGUACCGAUAACAUGAUCGGAAAAUGAUUGCUGUAUGGUUGUAAACAAAAUUAAUAUUUAAACAGUGAAAGUGAAUCUAUUUAGAUAUGUCUAGUGGAAAUUAUCUUUUUAAGGAUAGACAUCACAUCAUAAUGUGGUGGUUUGAAAUAUUAUUGAAUAAUAUUAUUAAAAAUGACAGAAAUAGUGUCCAAAAAUUUUGGUAAAGGACAACUUAUGCGAAAAAGAGACAUGUCAGAUUCGUCGCAGCAUCAAUAUAAUCAACCUCCUCCUGAUAUUAUGCCAAAGGGACUUGCAAUCAAUGGCAUAGGAGGAAGGUUACGCCAAUUAGAAUCUCUUUUUAUUGGUGGUCCUGUUCAAGGAGAAGGAAGAAUAGGACACACAUUUUCUAUUGAGACACUUAUUGAUAUUUUACUUGUCUUAUAUGAUGAAUGUUGCAAUUCUUCCUUAAGGCGUGAAAAGACUGUCUCAGAUUUUAUUGAAUUUGUAAAACCAGUGGCUACUUGCAUAAAGAGUUUGCAAUUGGCACGAGAAGAUUUUGAAAUAGUAAAAGUUAUUGGUAGAGGUGCAUUUGGUGAAGUAUGUGUUGUGAGAAUGCGUGGUUCAGAUAAAGUAUUUGCAAUGAAAAUUUUGAAUAAAUGGGAAAUGUUAAAGCGUGCAGAAACUGCAUACUUUAGAGAAGAGAGAGAUGUAUUGGUGUAUGGUGAUCGUAGAUGGAUCACAAAUCUUCAUUAUGCCUUUCAAGAUGACAAUAAUUUGUACUUGGUCAUGGAUUAUUACUGUGGUGGAGAUUUAUUAACACUGUUGAGCAAAUUUGAAGAUCGCCUUCCUGAAGAUAUGGCACGUUUUUAUAUAGCUGAAAUGGUUCUGGCUAUUGGGUCCAUACAUGAUUUACGUUAUGUACACCGUGAUAUUAAACCUGAUAAUGUUUUAUUAGAUGCAAAUGGUCAUAUUAGAUUAGCAGAUUUUGGAUCUUGUUUACGAUUAUUUGAAGAUGGCACUGCACAAAGUAAUGUUGCUGUUGGUACACCAGAUUAUAUUUCCCCAGAAAUCUUAAGGGCAAUGGAAGAUGGACAAGGACAAUAUGGACCUGAAUGUGAUUGGUGGUCUUUAGGAGUAUGUAUGUAUGAAAUGUUAUAUGGAGAAACACCUUUCUAUGCAGAAUCUCUAGUCGAAACUUAUGGAAAAAUUAUGAACCAUAAGAAUUGCUUUGACUUUCCAGCAGAUGAUAUAUAUGAAGUUUCUGAAGAAGCUAAAGAUUUAAUGAGAAAAUUAAUAUGUAGUUCGGAAUUUAGAUUAGGUCAAAAUGGAAUUGACGAUUUUAAGAAACAUCCAUGGUUUGAAGGAGUAAAUUGGGAUACUCUUAGAGACAGUACUGCACCUUAUAUUCCUGAAGUUUCUUCACCAACUGAUACAUCAAAUUUUGAUGUUGAUGAUACAGAUGUUCGUAGUUCUGAUGCUGUUCCACCAGCAGCAAAUUCUGCGUUUUCUGCAUUACAUUUACCAUUUGUUGGUUUUACUUUUACUCAAGGAAGUUGCAUAUCAGAUCUUGGUUGUUUAUCUGCUAUAACUCAAAAAGAUAAACGUAUGCAGAUGCUGGAGGAAGAAAAUGCACAACUAAUACAAACACUUGAUGAAUUAAAAAAACAAAUUAAUAUGAAUCAUUCUUCUCCUGGUAUAUCACCUGAUUCUAAUAAUGCAACAAGAAAACUUCAGGAUGAAAUAAAUACACUUACUAAACGCAACUGUGAAUUGGAAUCACAAUUAAAAUCCAUGGAAAUUCCUCGUGAAUUACGUAAUUUAGAUAACGGUGAUAUAACAAAAUUACGAGAAUUAGAAAAAUUAGUACGAUCUCUUCGAUUAGAAAAAGAAGAAGCUAUUAAAGAUAAAUUAGAUGCACAAGAAAAGCUUAAACUUCAAGAUAAAGAAUUAAAAGAUGCAUUAACACAACGUAAACUAGCAAUGGCUGAAUAUACUGAAGUUACAGAUAAAUUAUCCGAAUUAAGACAACAGAAACAAAAAUUAUCUAGACAAGUUAGAGAUAAAGAAGAAGAAUUGGAAGUUGUAAUGCAAAAAGUUGAUAGCUUGCGACAUGAUAUUAGGAAAGCUGAAAAGUUACGAAGAGAAUUAGAAAAUCGAGUUGAAGAAGCUAUGGCUGAAACAAGUAAAGAAAGAAAAUUAAGAGAACGUAGUGAAGAAUAUUGUAAGCAAAUGCAAGAAGAAACAGAAAAAAUUAGACAAAGAUCUAUAGGAAAUGAUGCAGGUGCAAAUCAUGCAUUAGCAACGCAAGAGAUUAAUAGGUUAAAAGCAGAAGUUGAGAAACUUGAAGUUCAAUACAAUGAAAAUUUAAAUCAACAGCAAAGUAGGUUCAAUCUUGAAAUUCGUAGUCUUCAAGAACAAUUACAUGAAACUGAAACAAGGAGGGAUUUGCUGGAAAGAGAAGUUCAAUUAACAAAAGAAAAACUAGAUACUGCAAGAUUAGAAAAUAUUACUGAUAGUGAGGAAACUAUAAACGAAUUAAAUAGACGUCAUGAAAGAGAAAAAAUUAUGCUAGUCGAAGAAAAUAAAAAACUUAUGUUAGAACUUAACACUCUUACUGAUAGUGUUAAUAGAAUACAAGGUGAAAGGCGACAAUUAGAAGAAGAAUAUGAAGAACUAAGAAAUAAAAAGGAAGCUAUUGCACAAUGGGAAGCUCAGAUUACUGAAAUUAUUCAAUGGGUAUCUGAUGAAAAAGAUGCUAGAGGAUAUUUGCAGGCAUUAGCUACGAAAAUGACUGAAGAACUAGAAUUUCUAAAACAUUCUGGUGGUGUGGGUGGUGUAGGAAGUGGAUCUACAAUGGCGGAUAAGAAUUGGCGAAAUCGUAGAUCACAGAAACUUGAUAAAAUGGAACUUUUGAAUUUACAAAGUUCUUUACAAAGCGAAAUACAAGCUAAACAAGCAAUAUCUGAAGAGCUUACAAAAACGCGUUCAGAUUUAAUUGCUGCUCAAAAGGAAUUAAGAGAUUUUAGACAACGAUUCGAUACACUCACACAUGAAAUAAAACGUAAAGAAAUGCAAAUAAAAGAAUUACAAGCGAGGCUUGACACAGGCGAUGGCUCUGCCCUAUCCAGCAAAAUGUCAAGAAAAUCUCCAAACAUCGUUAGCACCAAAUCCCAACGCAUCAUCGUACAUCAGCCAUCGUCACCCCUACCAGUAAUGCGUGCUCCCCGCGUCACGACAUGUCGCUUAUUAACUAGAUUCGUUCCCGUCAACACAUUCAUCAGUCAGAAUGCCGUCGACAUCAUAUCGCCACCCGUUUUAGAACGUCCUACAUCUCAAAUGUCAUAUUUGGAACAUUUUUUGAAAGAAACCGCAAGUAGUACACGUCAUGGAAGUGCAGAUAGUGUGGAAGCUGAUAUUGAAGAUAAUCGUGCACCGAGUAUUUCCAGUAGUAAAAGCAAUUUAUCUGAACUUAGUAUUGAUCCAACAUCACCGUUAUCCCAUGAGCUUCUCAAUAAAUCAUCAACAUCUCAUGGACAAACCAAUCUUCAACCAAAACCAAAAUCUCAUCAAUUUUUAGUAAGAACAUUUUCAACACCUACAAAAUGUAACCAUUGUACUUCACUGAUGGUAGGUUUAACAAGACAAGGAGUAGUAUGUGAAGUAUGUGGUUUUGCAUGUCAUAUGCCUUGUUGUGAUAAAGUUCCACCAAUGUGCCCAGUACCACAUGAUCAAACAAAACGACCAUUAGGUAUUGAUCCUACACGAGGAAUAGGUACGGCAUACGAAGGAUAUGUUAAAGUGCCAAAAAUGGGUGGAGUAAAAAAGGGUUGGGUUCGUCAAUUCGUGGUGGUUUGCGAUUUUAAAUUAUUUCUUUAUGAUAUUUCACCAGAUCGUAAUGCAUUACCAUCUGUUUACGUGUCUCAAGUUUUGGAUAUGCGUGAUGAAGAAUUUAGCGUUAGUUCCGUUCGAGAUUCAGAUGUCAUACAUGCUACAAAAAAAGAUAUUCCAUGCAUAUUUAGGAUAACAACAUCUCUGCUAGAACCACCUGGUUUAAGAAAUCAUACGUUAAUGCUUGCAGACACUGAAAGUGAAAAAACAAAAUGGGUAGUUGCUUUAAGUGAAUUGCAUAGAAUAUUAAAGAAAAAUAAUCUUCCUAAUACAACGAUUUUUAGAGCAAAAGAAUUAUUAGAUAAUACAUUGGCGCUCAUUAAAAAUGUGAUGUCAGGAGCUAUUAUUGAUCCAGAUCGUCUAGUCAUUGGUACAGAAGAAGGUCUCUUCUGUUUAGAUUUAGAUCGUAGCGAAAUUGCAAGAGUAGGGGAAGGCAAGAAAAUAUAUUUACUGGAAUAUGUGACAGAAGAACAAUUAAUAGUAGUUUUAAGUGGAAAACAACGUCAUGUACGGCUGGUUCCAGUACGUGCAUUAGAUGGAGAUGAAGUUGAAUGGAUUAAGGUUGCAGAAACUAAAGGAUGCAUAACUUUAACGACAGGCAUAGUCCGUCGAAGUCCAUUAACUUAUUGUUUGUGUGUUGCCAUAAAGAAACAGAAUACAUCACAAAUCAUUAUUUAUGAAAUUACACGUACGAAAACACGUCAUAAACGUAUACGUGAAUUGAUGUUAUCAUGUCACGCACAAACUUUACAAAUUCUUUCUGAAGGUCGUUUCUGUGUUGGGUAUCCUUCUGGAUUUUCUAUCUACAGCAUCUUAGGAGACCAUCAUCCUAUUUCAUUGGUCCAUUCUGAGAAUACUCUCUUAGGUUUUCUUACAUAUAGUGCUGUGGAUGCUUUACGUUGUAUUGAAUUACCACGUGGUGAAUUUUUAUUAGUCUUCCAUACAUUGGCAGUUUAUGUUGACAGUCAAGGUAGAAAGAGUAGAGAUCGUGAAAUUAUGUAUCCCGCUGUUCCGACAGCAGUUAGUUAUUGUGAAGGCUAUUUAUUAGUAUACAGUGAGACUCACAUCGAUGUGUUUGAUUGUACUACAGGAGACUGGUUGCAAACACUUAAUGUAAAACGAGCACGACCACUAAAUACUUCAGGUUCUCUGACUUCUUGUAUCAUUAAUGAUAUGCCACAUGUUAUUUUUUUGAGUAAUUUACAUCAACGAGAACUACUUAAUUUAACACCAUUAGAUUCAAGUGGUAGACAAAUGACAAAACCGCGAAGAAGAUUUUCAUUAAGAGAAGGAAAUAGAGCUAUUCGUCCCACUGAUAGACGUUCCAAAAUGAUAUCCGCUCCGACGAAUUUUAAUCAUAUUAGUCAUAUGGGUCCAGGUAAUGGAAUACAGAUUCAACGGUUGUUAGACUUGCCUACUACACUCGAAACAGCUGAUCAACAACAUACCGGUCAUCACAGUAGUUCUCAUCUUCAUAGCAGCCAACAAAGAUUAUACAGUCCUGCAAUUCAAACAUCAAGUAAACCAGCACCAUUACCUCCUAGGCACCCACCUUCUGAUACUCGACGUCUUAGUUCUCAUAUAUCUAGAAAUUCUGGAUAUUCGCCACAUAAUGGUUCAACAUCAUCACGUAGAGGACCGGCUCCGCCAAGACCAACUGCUACUCCACCUUCAUUACCACGUACUCCUGUGGACCAAGUUGAUUCGGAAUCUGUGCAUCUACGAUCACAUACUCCACUUUCUCUUGGUAGCAUUGCAUCUUUACAUGAUAAGGAACACACUUCUGGUGGAAGUCCUAGACAUUCAAUAGCUUCAAAUAACAGUUCAAAUCCAUCGACACCUCCAAGUCCUGCUCAUGAUCAUGGUUCAUCUUCAUAUGAUUCAUAAAAAUUAAUUUAAUACUUUUCUCAACAUUAAUAACUUACUGUAAUCAUAUACACUAUUUGAACAAUAAGAUUACAGUAUCUAUGAUAACAUUUUUACACAGAAUGAUAUUCGUGUUUGAUUUUUAGCUAGAAAGUUAUCGCAUUUCUUUUCUUUUUUUUUAUUCUGUGCAAUAAAUUUUCUUAACUUUGUGCAUUAUGUUUAUUAUAUUAUAAAUAUCUAACAAAAGGCAUAAUACUCGUAUAUAUAUACAAAUGAAUUGAAAAGUUGCAUUAUUUUAAUUAUUUAGUUCAGUACAAAAAUUUGAUAAAUAUAUUAACAUUAAUAUAUAUUAGCUUGUGGUACUAUUAUCGCAAUAACUUUCUGGUUUUCAAGAACUUAUACAUAAUAAGUUAUAUACUUAACAAAGCAAUUUAAAGUUAAUGUAAUGAUAAAUUAUUGUAAAUAAUUUAUGUUUGAAAAUCAUUGAAAAUCAUCUUUAAGAUGCCAUAUAUUACCGAAAUAGGCUGAAUUAUUUUAAUUUUUUUUUAUUUUUGAAUUUUAACGCAGAUAUUUUGCAUAAUUUUAAUUUUUUAUCUUCAAUUAAUUGCUUUUAAAUUAAUAAAAAUCUAAAUCUCAGUCAAAUUACUAGCAAUAAAAAAUGAAUCUAAUUAAUCUAUUGUAACUAUUUUUGAAUCUAACUAUAGUAUGUUUGAAGUAAAUUAUACAAUUAAUCAUUCUCAAUUAAAAAAUUAAUUCAGUGAAAAUAAGUCAAUUUGAUGCCUUGAUAUGACUAAAUAUUUUCAAUUAUGUCAUUAAGCAGUAAGGUGCAUCAUUUUAUUCAGCAUAUAAAUAGUAGAAUUAAUCGUGCAAUGUAUUUGAAGCUCCUGCUAAUAAUUAUAUUUAAAAAAGCGAGUAUAUAUACUUUUACAUGAUGUAUAAGUAUUAUAUUUGUAAUACUAAAAGAACAAUGAUGAAUAUUAAUUCGUCCUUACUGCAAUGAAAAUUGAUUUUUUUCUUAUAAAUUUUCUGUUUUUUAUUAUAAUUAAUACAAUAAGUAUGAAAAUAUGAAUUUGUUUUUUUUUAAAAAUAUAUAUAUUUAAAAUUUGAUGAUCAAUUAUAUUAAAAAGUGCAAUGCAUAAUGACUGAGAAUAGAAUCGAAAAUGAAAUAAAAAUGAUAAAAAAUCGUUUAUUUUGAUUAAAAAUUUCUAUUCAUUUUGCAACAGUUUCAAGAAAAUGCUAAAAAGAUUAUAUGAUAUUGCAACAUUGUUAUUUUUGUAUUAAAAAAAUUAAAAGCAAAUGAAAAAACAAAUUAUUUUGAAAUUUUUCAAAAAGUAUUAUUUAAUAAUUAAUCAGUUUCAAUUUUUUAAUUAUAAAAUUAAAACAAAACAAAUGAAAUUAUAAUAAAAAUGAAAAUAAUGUAGCGAAUUUUGUAUGUUUUAAUGUAUAAAUUUUUCAUGUACAUUUAUAAAAAUUUGCUAACUAUAUUAAAAGAAAAAAAAAAGAGUUGGUAGAAUAAAUUAUCUUAGAAUUCUAUGCAAAUAGUUAAUAUAUGAAAUGAUAUUUAAUAGUUAAUCCCAAGUUGUUCCAUUAUUAUUCAAAAAAUUAUGGAGAUUGAGAAUACUUCUUUAUCUUUAUAUUUAAAUAUGUCAUAUAGCAAAGAUUUAAUAACUACAAUAUUGAUUCAAUUUUUAAGUACAUGAAAAUUAUCUGUAAAAAAUAAUUCUGAAUCAUGCAUUUAAAUUUGCAUAUAUUUAUAAUGAAUUUUAAUAAAAAAGAUUUUAAAAAUAUCAAAAAGUUUAUGAAAUGGAAAAUAUUACGAUAAAAAAUAUGCUACAUUACAAGCAAUUUUUUCUUAUUUUCAUAAAAUAUUGACAAAUAUUUGAAAAAUCUAUAUGAAAAAUUAAAGUUCCAACUCUUUAAAAGAUCAUCAUUAAAGACAUAGUUAGCAUAAUAUAACUAUACAUGAGUAUAAUAUUAAAAAAAUUUGAAACAUCUUCAUCAAAUUUGUGUAAUGGUAAGAUAUGGAAAUAUAAUUAUAAAUAAAAUAUAUAUCGACUGCAAUAGGUUUGACAUUCUUAUAUUAAAAAUAUAGAAGAAACCGUUGAUAGAAGAAAAAGUGUUAAUGUUAUCAAAUAAAGAAUGUAAUAGUACAGGUAUUACUAUCCGUACUGGAAUAAAAUAAAGUUUGAAAAUGAGUUCUAGAACUAUUCUAGAAAUAUCACCGUAUGUUUAUAAAUUGUAGCAAUGUAUGUGUUAUUGUACUUACCAACAGAAUUCAAUAAUUUGCCUAUUAUUCGCCAUUGUUACUUAAAGGUUCUAAAAUCAAAAUAUCUGUUUUUUAUAUUGCUUAGUAUUUGAAUCGAAUUUGUCUAUAGAUAGAACAUAUGAAAAAAUAGUCACUUUGUAUAGCAUUGAUUUUAUAUUUUUGUAAAUAAUUCAAUUUCUAAAUAAGAUCUUGGAUAUAUAUCAAUUUGAUUUUAGAAUCUUUAAAUCUUCAAUUUUUUCCUUUUUUUUUUUAUGCACAUAUAUGAUAUUAAAAUUUUGAGUAUGUUCUUUUGUAAAUUUUUCGCUAUAAUUAUGCUUUCUUAUUACGCAUAAUCAAAAUGUACGACUGGCAUUCUGCACGAAAAUAGAACGAUUAUAUGUAUGCAUAUAUAGAUUGUAUGAUUCAAUAGUUUUACUUUUUUACGAGUUAUUAGAAUAUUUUAUGUAACAAUUAAUAUUGAUUUAUGUAUCCCAUUGGUUUAGUACCAGUGCAUGUAAUGACCUGAUUAUUAAUCUUUUUUAGCAACUUAGUUUAAUAUAUUCUAUAUUAUGAAUUUAUUUAUAAUUAAUAUGUGCAUUAUUUACGAUAUUUAUUAAAAGCAAUUACAAGCAUUUCAAUAAAGAAUUGUAUUUCAUUGUAUAUUAUUUAAAGUACGUAAAUUAUAAUUAUAUUAGUAAAAAAGAUUAAAUUUUUGUUUUUGUAAAAUAAUCAGUAAUUCAGUAUAAAUAUUUUUUUUUAUAAAUUUUUCUCCUUAAGAUAAGUAUGAAGAAAGAAUAUAUUUUGUUUCAUAAUUCGCUAAGUUAUUAAAAAAUAAUUUAAUUUCUUUGUAUAAAAAAAAUGUAUCAAUAAACAUAAUAUAUAAGUAUA